CGUGGCCAUAGAUGGCAGAAUGUUUCUGUAGUUCUGUAGGAUCGAUGGGAUCGAUAGCGUAGGUUUUGGGCUCGUUUACGUUAGCUAGGUUUGGCGUUUGAGUGUACAAUAGUUGGGAUCUGAGGAGUAAUAAUAGUUUUAUAGGCCAGCUUUACAAUGUCACGUUAUCGUGAGUGGGAUCUGUCAUGCAAAGUGUAUGUUGGUAAUUUGGGAAGCAGUGCAUCGAAACAUGAGAUUGAAUCAGCAUUUAGCAAAUAUGGCCCAUUGAGGAACGUGUGGGUUGCCAGAAAUCCACCAGGUUUUGCCUUCGUUGAGUUUGAGGAUCCUAGAGAUGCCGAGGAUGCAGUUCGAGGUUUGGAUGGAACACGCAUGUGUGGGACACGAGUGCGUGUAGAGAUGUCGUCAGGGCGUAGCCGACGUGGUGGUGGUGGAGGUGGUGGUGGUCGCAGAGGUUCUGCUCCUACACGCUAUUCAAGGGCUCUCUCGUCUCCUACCGCUCUACUACCUCUGGCUCCAGACACCACCCCGAUCUUCAUGUUUUUGCUACUACCAACAUGACUGGGUCACCCAACAACUUCUUCACUUCCCCAUAUGAAAACUUGGUUCUACUCGUCGCAGCAUUGCAACGCACCCGCGACACCCUUCUCGUCCAUCUGUUAGGCCAAAAAUAAGUGUGUCAGCAGUUACGCGCCGGCUAUUUAAAAAUUAAACCUUUCACCAACAACCAUCAGUCACUACAACCAUCACCACUACACCAUCACUACUACUACCAACCACAAUCCACUGGCAACCUGUCCAGGCAGUACAACCCUCGCCCAACUAGCCUCGACAUCACGACAUUCCAACAUCACUUGAUGUUGCCUGCAUCGGCACAACAAUAGCAGCUUCUCAUCCAACUCGCCCGUCAUUCUCUUCUGUCUUCAUGUCAGCGCACUCGCCUGCCCGACUACAAUACAGUCUGGUAUUCUAUUCAAAUUAAGUUAAUUAAAACAUUGAGAUUUCUUGAGAGCUAUUACUUACUUGGAUGAGUUUUCAAAAAGAGUAAAGGAUUAGUUUGGUGUAGUUAUAAGCCAGUUGGCAAUUGAUAUAAAACAAUGGCACUAAAUCUUUUUGUAUAACAAAAUUCUGGUAUAUGGUAGUGAUCAUUGUAAUUGUAGAGAUUGUUAUCUUUUAACUAACUUUUAUUGGAUUAUAGCGUUGUUCCGGGUAAGAGAUCCAGCAGUCCAGGAAAUUUACAUACAUCUUGUGGUGAUUUAUGUCCAGCCAGUGUCUUGUAUAGUCUUAACGGAUUUUAAUGGUUAGAGGAGACUAAACACAAAUCUGAAAUCGUUAGUAGUAAUUUCCAUUCCAUAUGAAAAUUGACAGUUUUUUUUUUUUAAUAUUUUUUUUUUAUUUAUUUUCAAGGACAUAAAAUUUUAAAUGUACACAAAUUAUUUCCAUUGGCUUUGAAAGAAUGCGGUGAUGCUUAUAUUCAUGAUUUUUUUUUGUGUGUAACAUCAGAUUUUGUUUACCCUUUACCUUUUCCUUUUAAGUUGUGUAUAAAACAUAAAAUGGUUACAGUAAUGACAAGCCUCAAGUCGUGAGACAUUCUAAUAAUUGAAUAUUACAGGAAUGAAAUUGUUGCUCAGUUGUCCACCACUUUGAAGAAUGCAGUAUAAUCAGCAAUGCAUGAAUUCAAGUAGAUUUAACUAAUACAUAGGAAGAUAGUUUA